AUGGAUCCAACAACAGAAGACACGCAGCCUGACGCAUUAGAAGUGAUAUCCGAAUUCACUGUAUUUAUCCCGCCUUCCAUCCACCAUGAGAGCCUGAUAUCAGGCGCCUCAUAUGCACACUACACGCCCAUCCCACCACUAAUCACAACCUCCAAAGAUGAUGCCCCAGGGACAGAAUGUGUCCUCGGUGUUGACGAGGCGGGUAGAGGACCAGUCAUAGGGCCUAUGGUCUACGGUGCAUUCUAUCUUCCAGUUGAGCUUCACCGCUCCCUUCUCGCCGAGACACAUCACUUCGAUGACUCCAAGGUCCUGACUCCUGCUGUACGCGCAAGACUGAUGAAAGAUGUGUGCACUGCUGGAACUGAUCUACACAAUGCGUGCGGCUGGGCCGUCAAAUCGUUAAGCGCACGAGAUAUCGGCGCUGGAAUGCUGAAGAACGGGGGAUCCUACAACUUAAAUGCGCAGGCUAUGGAUGCCACGAUUGAGAUUAUCAGAAAAGUCAUUGACUCGGGUGUGCAUGUCACGGAGGUCUACAUUGACACUAUUGGCAAUCCCGGGGUCUAUCAGAAGAAGCUACAGCGUAUAUUCCCAACGAUGAAGAUCACGGUGGAAAAGAAAGCAGACAGCCUGUACCCUUGUGUCAGCGCCGCCAGUGUGGUCGCGAAGGUGACCCGUGAUGUUAGUUGUGAUGUCCUUUAUCAAGAGGUCAUGAAAAAUACUCCUGAGGCAUCAGCAGAGGAAGCAACUUGGGGAUCUGGCUACCCAUCAGACGCAAGGUGUGUAGCGUGGCUCAAAAAUCAGAUGGACAGCCUCUUUGGAUGGGGCAACGAAUGCAGAUUCAGCUGGGGAACUAUCAAGGACAUGAUUGAAAUCAAAGGUUCAGCAGGCGUGAAAGUCGACUGGCCAGUUGAGGACGACGAAGACAACGCAUGUCUUUCCGACUACUUCCUCAACACAAAUGCGGGAAGCAAAGCCGCAAGCGAAGCAGAUCAAUUGAGAUUGUGGUUUGGAUCGAACGUGGGGCAGGAGGCUUUCUAA